UAGUUUCUUCAUCCUCGAGCAGCUUUCAGGACUAAUCCGGAGAGACAGAGGACCAAGGUCGCGAACUUUGCUGUAUAAAGUCCGCUCCGAGUUGAACCUGGACAUCAGUUGAAACAACCUCUUCUCUCGAGCAACGAAGUCUCAACACUCAUCAUGAAGUUGGUCGGUCUCGCAUUGGCUCUCGUGCUGCUCUUGUCCGCCGUCCUGUCGCCCAGCCAAGCCACGCCGGACGCCCGAGCAGACCCGAAUCCGUUCUUCUUCAAAAAGAAGAAGUAUGGCUAUGGCGGUUAUGGCCACGGAGGAUAUGGCGGUUAUGGCCACGGCGGAUAUGGCGGUUAUGGCCAUGGUGGAUAUGGCGGUUACGGCAUAAGGAAAUACUGGUGAAGGGAGAGACAGGGAGACUCCUCAAGCACAAUGUUGAAGAGUUAAGAUUUUCACUCACUCUACGCAGCACAAUUAUCUCGUCGAAAAAUAUUUAUGGUGAAAUUACCUAAUGUUUUUUUAGGAAAUAAAAAUAUAAGAUAUGUA